AUGUAUUUCCUGACGUCCAUCUCCAUUUUCCUUGCAAUAAACGUGGCGAAAGCCUCUCCCCUUGUCUACGGCAACCGAGUCCUAACUGAAGAUUUCGUAAAGAUCACCGAAGCACUCGAUGGGAUACAAGUUGGAAACUGCGUUGACGUCAACCCCACGCUACCAUUGUGUGAUACGGAACCAGCUUUGCCUGCGCCGUCUCACGGGUUGAAGCUGAAAUUCGUGGCACUUGGUCGGGGUACUCAGAACUACACCUGUUCGUCAUCUGAUGGAUCUGCUUCUCCGGUUGCAGUUGGUGCUGCUGCGACACUGUUCGACGCAUCCUGUCUGGUCUCGAAUAGUCCGACAAUACUUCAUGAGCUGCCAUCCGCCGUGAGCAAAGUAUCAACUGAUGCACUGGGCCUUUUUGCCGUGCUCCUCGGUCAAAUGACUUCACGGACAGGCAGUGGGUUGAUCCUUGGAGAACAUUAUUUUACCGGCACAGGAGCCCCUAUGUUCGACCUACGUAUCGGAGGCCAUAAGGACUGGAUUCAGGCUACGAAGGGUUCAAGUGUACCAGCGCCCUCUCAGUUAUCGAGCCACUCGAAGGAUGGAGACCACAAUGUUCCGUGGUUGAAGCUUGGCUUCGCUGAUGGUUUGGGUAUUCGGGAAGUAUAUCGGAUACACACGUCUGGUGGACAACCGCCAGCUUCUUGCAAGGGCCAGAAGGAGAGCUUUGAGGUGGAGUAUGCGGCAGAAUACUGGUUCUAUGGUUGA